AUGGCGUACCCCAACUGCUCAGCUGCCAGCCCUGUGGUGGACACAGCUGUGGGAAUCAUGCUGACGAUGGAGUGUGUCCUGAGUCUUACUGGCAAUGCUGUCGCCCUUUGGACCCUCUUUAACCGUCUCAAAGUGUGGAAGCCGUAUGCUGUCUACCUGUUCAACUUGGUGGUGGCCGACCUGCUGCUGGCAACCUGUCUGCCACUCUUUGCUGUCUUCUAUCUGAAGGGCAAGACCUGGAAACUCGGCCACACGCUCUGCCAAGUCCUGGUCUUUCUGCUGGCUUUCAGCCGGGGUGUGGGGGUAGCCUUCCUGACGACAGUGGCUCUAGACCGGUACCUUCGUGUGGUCCAUCCGAGGCUCAGAGUUAACUUGCUGUCUCCAAGGGCAGCCAGGGUCAUCUCCAGCCUCAUCUGGCUUCUGAUGGUUGCUCUCACUCCCCAAAACCCGCUCACUCACAAGACUACCCAGAAUUCCACUGAGGGUCCCAGCUUCUACCCCACGAGAGAGAUCGAGGCCAGUGCCACCUGGCAGGAGGUGCUCUUCUUCCUUCAGUUCCUGCUUCCCUUCGGCCUCAUCUUCUUCUGCAACACUGGGAUCAUCAGGACCCUCCAAAAAAGACUUCGGGAGUCUGACAAGCAGCCCAGGAUUCGGAGGGCCAGGGCACUGGUUGCCAUGGUACUGCUUCUGUUUGGGCUGUGCUUCCUGCCUAGUGUCCUGACCAGAGUUCUGGAGCAUGUGUUUCGAGAAUUUGAGAGCUGCAGUGUCCAGCAUGUCAUAGUGCAGGCCUCUGACAUCACCGGCGGCCUCACCUGCCUGCACGGUGCACUGAGCCCGGCCAUUUACUGCUUCUCCAAUCCAGCCUUCACCUACUCAUACCGGAAGGUGCUCAAAAGCCUUCGAGGCAGGAGGAAGACAGCAGAGCCAGCUAGCUCCAACUUCAGGGACUCCUAUUCCUGAUGACUACUGAAAUCUUCAGCUCCCUUUUCUUUGGGAAGCACGUUGAAUCUAAGCAAUAACCCAGUAGUCUCUGGGAGAAGAGAGAAAUUGCACUACAGGGCUCCAGACACAAACUCAGUCCCUGAGGUGGCCCGCUGGCCUCACCUGGAUUUCUCCCUGCUACUUUACACUACAGUGGUUGAUCUGAAUCACCCUGACAGAGCCUGCCUCCAUGGCAGUGGCCAUCCAGAUAGAGUUGCCAAGCUGCACUGAGCAUUUCUGCACGUCCACACUGGAAGAACCCACCAGACUAUGUCAGCGGGGGAGAAUUCUGGUACCAUCUAUUCUCUUGGGUCAUGUUCACUCUCCAAGACUUCAGUUCUCCAGGGUGAAAACUGAUUUCAUCUUGCCCAGCGUGGAGCUCAGAACAGUAGAAGCCAGAAGCCUUCCAGGUUCUGAAGAGGUUGCAGGUCACUUCCUGUUUUUAUCAAUUUCUCCUUCAUUUUUUAUAGGUUGUAUGGAGUGUCACAGAUAGUUGAGCGAGCUACCUCCUCCAGUGUGAGAAAUAUCCAGUAAUUGUCUCAAAACUGGCCUGGAAGGGCUUGCUCAGCUUUGAAUGUCUGAACGUGUUUUACUUUCUCUACCCUGCUUUGAAAGAGACACCAUAACUUUAUCUUGGCCCUGGGGAAAGAGAUACUUGUAUUUGAAAUGGUGCUUGAAGCAAGCCAGCGCGACCAUAAGGGCUGGCAGAUGGUGACAUGGGAGCUGGGACUGGUGGUAUCACCUCACUCCUGGAACACACAGGAUGGGGGCAGCUGGAGAGCAGGAUUUGAAAGCCAUUCUCCUCACUGCUUUGUCUCUGUUUCCAAGCUCAUUUCUAGAAAGGCAGGUAAGGCAGAGGCAUCUCCAGAAUGCUUGUGGGGCACCUGCUGCCUAUCUGGACGUUCUUGCAAUGGCCAUGGCAUUCUACAAUGCCACAGCUGACGGCACUGGCAGCAUCAUGUCCACUCAUGGAGCUCCUUGCCUGCUUGGUAGAUUUCUUGUCAGGACAGAAGAGUAGGAAAGUCCCCUAGACCAGGGUGGCCUGUCAGCCUCAGAGUCCUAGGGGAACAGAUACUCUUCAGCAGCCCUUUUAUUUUCCAGGAUUUAUUUCUUCCUAAGAGAGUAGAUUGCAACAGGCCUGAGACAGAACUGUGGCCUGGUCAGGAUGUGACUAAAGUCUGCUGGGUGGUCAUUCUGUGAUGCAUCCCUUCUUCCAGCUGAGGAAAAGCACCUCUCGCUCCCUCAUGCAUGAGCAGUCUCAACAACACUUUGAAAACUCUCCAUUUAAUACAAGCAUUUCCUGUGUUGUGCCAUUAUUGAUGGCACGAAUCCCAGCAGUCUCCUGCUCUUGGACCUUAAGUCUGUGGCUGCAGUACGACAGGCAUGCUGAGUGUGAUGCCAUCAUCUGCACAGUCACCCCUCUUAUCUACAGUGGCAGCCAUAUGUGUAACAGUUUUGCUAGGCAGGUGUGGGGAGGUCCAGGAUCCCAGCCUUCCCUGAUUCACAUCCCCCAACUUCUUGACUUCUCGCCUUGGGCUCUUCUCUCACUCCAGCUUUGCUGCCUCAGCCAAUGUCUGCCUCUGUCCUGAUGGCACAUCAGUAAGCUCCACUGUCUUUGGGACACCCUCAAUACAGCAUCCCUGCACUCAAGGUCUAUUUCCUGCCAUCACAACCACAUAGGAGAAAAUCCCAGUGCCUUAGGCAAAUAGGGAUUAGAUGGGCAAGGGCUCAAGUGUUGGCAAAGUCCCCGUUUAUAUGUAGCCUGGGCUGAUAGUUUGAUGGCUAAGGGUGAUCUCGGAGAUAGCGCCUUGCUCCAUCCCUUAGGUCUGUGACCUGGGACAAGCAAGCUAAUUGCUUUCAAAAUGAGGAAAGUAACAUUUACAAGGAAUGCUUGCAGGCAUUAAAUGACUUCUAAAAUUUGUCACACAGAGCCAGUCAUGUCAAUCAUUCAGUAGACAUUAACCAUCACUUAUUUCUGUUUUCCUUGUUGACUUUCUCAUCUAGUCUGUGGGCUUUGGGGACAUUGUUUUUUCACCUUUCUGUCUCAGGCAGAACCCAGGACAUAGCUGGUGUUCAGCGAUGGGAACCUGGUAAGGUUCAUUUAAACCAAAGACUCUCUGUUCAUACCCUUUGUCCAGAUAAUCAUUCUUUAGAGUGAUCCUGCCGGGCUACAUCUCUCACACUGGGGAAAAGGAUUUCUCUCACCUACAGUGGGGACAGCUGUCCCUGAGGACAUCUUUCUGAGUCACAGCCACAUUUGUGUGGAAGUGCCUCUCAGACUAACCUCCCCCAAAAUGUCUGAGUGAGGAAAUGACCCAAACAGAAAGCUGGUACAGUCACAAGCAACACUGUGGCUGGUGAUAGUGGCUGUGUCUUUUUGGGGUCUCACAGGAAGUACCACAGUCUCUCCUUGAGCUAGCUAACAGGUCUCCACUAUGCUGGAUUUUCAAAUUUCUGGGAAAGGCAGCACAGCACUAAAUAUGCCUUUUUCAUCUUUAUGGAGAGAGCGCCAUAGCUGUUUAUGGCUUCUGUUGGUCUCUUUUUAAUUCCCCUGGGCCUCAGCCAGGCCUUUACAGUUUGACAUCUUUCUAGAAUAUUCUCAGCUCCCUCCUGCCCCUGGUCUCAGGCAGGGACAUUUUUUCAGUGGAAAGUCACCAGGAUGCCAUCUCCAUCUGCUAACGGACACAGCAGGGGCUCACCCCCGACAUUCCACACCCACUCUGCUCUUUGGCUCCACUCUUCCCUUGCAACCACACCAGCUUCACUCCUUACCCCUACAGUUUUUCCGAGAGCCCAACACACGGGAGGCUGCUCAAUAAAUGCACAGAGAAGUGAACAUAUUAGCUAGCCCAAGUUAACAAAUGAGCCCAGCCACUUAGCAGGUUGGGUUUUGUUUGUUGUUGAAUGCAUUUUGAAUGUCUCACUCCACAGGCAAACUUAAAACGAUCUCUUUGAAAAACCUUUGGAGAGAUGCUGAUAGAAAUGAACACGACACAAUCACAAGACUGUUUGCUGAAAGCUUCCCUGCAUCCGGACAUGCUCAGUUCCGCUAGUGAUCUAUUUAACACUGACCUCUGGGCAUGUCUGUGGGGAUGGGGAUGGUCUUGAUGUGGAAGAUCCAGCCCGUUGUGGCCGGCGUUAUCCCCUAGGCAGGGGUUUCUGAAAAGUAUUGAUUCGUUUCAAAGCCAAAUGAUGACGAACCAGGUACAGCAACCAAGGGACCAAGAUGUAGGGCUGGUGAAGCCUUGGAGCUCGAUGAGGGCUGUGGAUAUGUGAUGUGGCCCCCAGAGGCUUUCAUCUGUGAACAUUCAUGACAUCAAAUGUCGUUUUCACCAUGACUGUCAGUUCAGAGGCUCCGCACUCUUCAUCCCAGAAACAGAAACUCCAUGCUCAGUGAACACACACGGCCACCCUUCCUCAGUGGUUCCCUGAGUCACAUUCUCCUUGCUCUCCAGCUCUCCAGAUGCUUCUCACCUUGGAGAACUACUGUGUGUGUCCCACGAAGGGAGCAUGUUGCUCAUCACAGUAUCCUCAGAGUUGGCAUAUGUCAGUUUCCA